UCUGGGAGGUCGUGAAAGAUGUCUUGAGUGAUGUUCGCUGCUGGUGUGGAAUUAUUGGGGUUAUUCAACGCAAUUUCGCUGGGUUUGUUGAUUACCUAACCAAUUGGGGAUUACACAAACGGUGCUCCGUCGUCAGUGCUGAAAAAGGAUUACGUACUCUGCGCCACGGUGUCACUCAUCGAUUCUCCAUUCAUCCAGCACACAACGGUGUUCUCCAGUGAAUGCAGUGAGAAGAAGAACACAAGAGAACACUGGUGAGUGGCAUUCUGUGUGCGCGGCAGUUCCAGAGGGAUGAAGAGAGUGAGCGCCGUUUUGUUUAGAGUUUUUCCAGCACUGUAUUGUUGGGCGCAUGGAACUGUAGUGUGUCUACGUGGACUAGGCAAGUGAAUUCUGGAAACUCGCGAGUGUUCUAAUCGUGUUCUUCUCUCUAGGAGUGCAUUGACGCGCGCGUGGUUGCUUCCACGGCCGCUGAGAGUGUUAUGCCCGAGCGUGUUUCUAGGUGUGUUUGUUCAAGAAUUACAUGCCGCUUUUAUGCUUCUUAUGGCAUUCGGUUGGUGCCUGCGUCCGGCCUCUUCUUUGGUGACAUAAUCCAAAAAACGACUUGCUGAUUAUAUAACAUAAUCGCUCACAGAGAAGACUGCCCGCCAUGCCAAGAAGAAUUUCCGCCCAGAAUCUGGGGGUACGUCGACCGUGGUGUCAGCAUUGGCAGCGGCCGCAAUCCGAAUCCGUAGCGUUGUGUGUGGUGAAAGUGAAAAUUAAUUAAAAUCUCGAAGCCAAGGCGUUACCGAAGCGCGCGCCAAGAUCUUCUGCAACAAAGUUGAAUGUUUUUGUAGGCAACCAAUCGGAUCGGAUCCGGUCCAAAGAAUACUGAACAAACUAGCACCGGCCUAAAGCACAGUGUGUGGUGUCAAAAAAGAACAAGCCCCAUUUCCCGGGAGAAAAACGAUAACCUGCCAACUCAUCACCAUCCCAGUCCCAGUCUAGGGGGUGGCAAGGCGCGCUGCAAUUCGAGAAGAAAAAAAAAAUCCCGGUGAAAAGUGUGUUUCUGCAAAAAUUAAAGGAAAAUUCUCGUAGCCGCGUGUGAGGAAGAAGAAGCCUGAAUACACACAGUAAUUGGAAGAAGCGCAAGCGACACGUCUCUAUUAAUAAAGUGUGUAUGAUUCGAAUUGGGCGGGUAUCGAAGUGAACCACUACUGCGCUGCGCUGUGCAAAUCUACUCGAUGAAAAAUUACGCAAUUAGCAGCAGUGAUACAUCGUUCAGGCAGUGACACGUGUCCCUCCGAGAGCGAAGCGAAUGCGAAGAAGGAAGAAAAUUUUCGGGGUAUCUGUGUCGUCGGAUUGUGCUGGGAGAAUUCCCACGAUCGUCCGUUAAACAGCCUAGUUACCUGGGUAGUGAUCGUGUUAGCUGUAGCGUGUGUUCCGUUGUAGAAGAAGAGACCAACGGCGAGGGGAAAAUUGUGAGAAUUAAUUGAUCGUCGGUCGGUCGGUUGGUGAUUUUACACCCAGAUAGUUGAGUUUCUUGGCACGACCGUCAACCACACACCCUCCCGAGGGGGGCAAGUGGAAAAUGGCCACGAUGACAGAUCUGGCUAAGGAUGCAUUUAGUGUGAUGAUCUGCGAUUCGUUCGAGUGUGAACUGCUCGGGCGGUAUCUACUGGAGGUGCAGGAAUCGACGGCCGUAGCCGGUGGUAGCAGUGGUCAACAGCAGAGGUCCGCCCUCUCGAUGCUUGGCACUGGGAUUCGGGAUUGGUCCGGCGGCCGUCCGAACCGGUUGAAACAGUUGACCGAACUGUUGAUCGCGACCGUCAUCUCCAAGCGGCUCGACCACGGGUCCACCACCCUUAGUGCAAACAAUAUGUGUAGCGAUAGUUCCGUAGUGGAUCCACUGUGUUGUCCCAUCUGCGAGGACAUCCUCCGGUUUCCGGUGACGGCCACCUGCGGUCACACCUUUUGCCGGCAGUGUUGCUUCGGCCAUAGUCAGUGUGCCGUGUGUAGUCAGAAGUUUCCAACGAUCUCAUCGAGUGCCGGAGGUUCGUCCGCGCAGGCGACCGUUACGUCCGGCUCUGUGGCGACAGCUAUGGUGACGGUGCUUCCGCCUCUGGCGGCGGCAAGUUCAGCAUCGACGGCUACGUCUUCGUCCGGAUCGGCAUCGGCGUCGUCCGUAGCCAUGGCCACAGUGGUCACCAACCAUGACAGGCGGCGUGAUGAUGAGCGGGGAAGAAGCAGUAGUGUGAUUGGGUUUGAGCAGGAUAUUUUGGUGCGACGGCUUGUUGAACGGUGGUGGGGUCCGGAGUUGAAGGCAGCCGAGUUGAACGAGGAGGCCCAGCGGCACCUGGAGGGGGACGCGCUGGACGAGGCGCUGCGCUGCUGCAACCAGAGUCUUGAAUACGCACCCAACAGCCACAAAGGUCUCCUGCUCCGGUCCGAGGUCCUGUACCGAUUGCAGCACUACCAAAGCUCACUUGCCGACGCCGACAACGCUCUCAAAAGCCGUCCCACGUCGUACAAGGCACACUACUAUCGGGCCCUGGCUUUGUCAGCCCUGGGAAAGACCGAGCAAGCCAUAAUCUCGCACUGCAUUUCGAUUUUCCUGGACAAACAGUCCAUGUGUGUGGCCAACGGGAUAAAAGAGGAUCUGGCGAAGGACCUCCAGAAGCUUCUCGCCACGGUUCGGUCGGAGCCGGACCUCCCGGCACCGGUGGUGGAUCCCCUAUCGCUUAUCUUCAGCAGCCAUUACGAGCUGUUAACUUCCCGCAAACGGAGAAGGUUACGGAUCCCCUCCGCCCACAAGCACAAAGCGAAAAAGCAGUUCCUCUGCUUGCGGACCAGCGACUUCGACGAGGACCAUUCCGACUGCGGCGACGAGGACUACUACUUCCGGUCUAGUUUUUUAGACGAAAUGGACGAGGAGUUCUACCGGCAGACCAUGAUGAACCCACCGCACCACCGGCGGAAAUCCCUCUCGGCGUACAAUCUGAACAUAUUCAACCCCCGGAUGGAUUCGCCACUGGGGGCCGGGAAGGAACAGAAGUACCUGGAGAAGCAGCAACAGCAGCAAACAAUCAUUCCAAGACCGAGCUCGAAGCUGCGAUUGUUCGUUGAGCGAAUGAUCAAGGAGUUGGAGGCGGUUCGGUCGGCCGAGGGAAUCCCCGUGCGGUUGGGAGUCCACCCGAGCCAAAUCGAAACCUCCGACUUUGACUGCGUCCUGUGCUGUCGAACGCUGUGGCGACCAGUGGUGACUCCCUGCGGCCACACCUACUGUUGGGUGUGUCUGGACCGGUGCAUGGACUAUUCCUCGUCCUGUCCACUGUGCAUGGCCCCUUUGAUCGAACAGUUCCGGCAUCAUCUGGCAGGCGGCAGCAGCAACAGCAGCAAUGGCCAAGGCCUUGCCCUCCUGGCGGCCACCAAUCCUACCCUGAUCUCAUUAUCUAAGCGUAAGGUAACCCAGUUUGUCGAGGUGGCCAUGCAGCGGUUCAUUCCGGAUGCGUAUGAAAAACGCCGACGGCAGGAGCUGGACCGGGAACCGACGGUGCCGGUGUUCAUCUGUACCACUGCAUUUCCCUCGGUGCCAUGUCCACUGUUCGUGUACGAGCCUCGCUACCGGUUGAUGGUCCGGAGAGCUAUCGAAAGCGGUGAACGGCAGUUCGGCAUAGCCCUUCAGCAGCCGAACGGACGGCAGCGGUACGUCGAAUAUGGAACCAUGCUGGACAUCCGGGACUGCGUGCAGCUUGGCGAUGGCUGUUCGAUUCUCUCGACGGUGGGAGCCAGGCGCUUCCGGGUGGUGGCCCGUCACGAGAAGGACGGCUACGAUACAGCCAACGUGGAGUUCAUCGAAGAUGAUAAGAUCGUGGCUGGUUACGGUAGUGGGAAGGUGCAUUUAAUUCGGGAAUUGCACGAGAAGGUGCUGUCGAAGGCAAUUGGAUGGCAUGAGAGCCUAUCGGACAACAUCAAGUGCGAGAUUUUCAAGACCUUCGGCCGGAUGCCGGACCUUGAGGAGAACUGGGAGGACCGGGUGGAUGGACCGGCGUGGGCGUGGUGGAUCAUUGCUAUUCUGCCGUUGCAACAGCAUUUAAAGGUCGACAUCCUUUCAACCACUAGUCUGGAGAAACGGCUUCGAGCCAUCGACAAAACGCUGAACCUGGAGUCGGCUCAACAGAAGCGUAAACGGUCGGUUUGCGUGGUUCCGGCGUCCCCUGCUUCGCCUCCUCCGGCCAGCUGCUGCGACGGUAUCCAAUCGUCGGCGUCCGCUCACCAACACCAGCAACAGCAGCAACAUUCGCACCACCAGAACCAUCACCACAACCACCACCACCACCAUCAGCAGCAACAACAACAACAAUGCCAAGCAAUUGAUUGUUGCAUACGAGAAAGAACUACCUCAACGCAUAACCAUCACCACCACCACCAUGAUCAUGAGCACGUGCACCAUCACCACCACCACGAUAGUGAUAGAAACAGUUCCGGGGAUCAUCAUCUCAGCCAAUCCGCGGCGGAAGCGGCCGACUAUCUGCUCUAAAUGAAGCAAAGAAGCUUUGGGAAUCGGGGAGUGUACAUGGCAAAAAGUGGUCAAUAUCGUUGAACUGUAGCUGAAAAAUGCAAUUCAUUCUUUUAACACUCUUGUAAGUGCUUUAUGACAGACAAUUCAAAGACAUUUCGUUUCAUAAACGAAUUAUGUAUGCAUUUUCUAAGGGAUCCAUAAUCCAUAGAUGAACAUGUAUGAAUAAAAGUUUGAGACUACAAUCUUUGCACUCUUAGUAACUUCGUUUUAAAAUUCUUUGAAUCCUAUCAAUAUCCAAAAUGAUACUGGAUUCAACAUGAAGAAUUUGCUAGUGUAUUGCUCUUUGAAAACUACUUUGACUACUUUAUGGUGUGUACGUUCUUCUAAGAUCUUGGGCAACAACCAAUACAAUCCUACUAACUCUUAAACGCAGCAACACAGUGGAAGCAAAUGCAACUAAAUGGUUCUCUUCUCUUUGAAAUGUACAAUACAAACACAAACAUACCCAAAAAGCAAACACACAUUUAUUAGCAGAAAAAAUAAAACAAUGCACACCUAGAAAAUGUGUGCGGUGGCAACAUAUGUGGAUCAAGAAAAAGAAGAAGCAGCAGUAGUUCAAAAAUGUGUAACCAACAAACAAGAAUGCCAUAGAUGAAAUGAUAGUUAAAUCAAUAUCCUUCCCCCUUGGACUCUUUUUUUUCCUAUACGAUUAAACUAAUUGAAAACAAAGCAAAACACUUCAAACCUACUACUAAAAUAAGCAAGCAAACAGUGUAGAACAUAGUUGUGAGGGAGAGCGCCCGAGAAAGAGAGCAAAAGAGAAUGAGAAUGCCUGAGAGCGACCUGAAAGAAUCAAUGCUGGACAACAAGUAAUAAAUGAGAGCUGCGAGCUGGACAAAUCCGGGACCGGUCCCAUUUGUCCCGACGCGGGUAGGCUAAACAAAUUACAUUUAUAUAUUGUUUUUAAAAAGAAAUCAACCAAUUCAACAAGAAAAUGUAAUCCUCUUAAGCCAUGUGUGAUUUUUAAUCUUAAACCAAACCGUGUUUUGAAACCUAUCUUAUUCGUAAGGACAACUUUCUAUUAUUGAAUUCACUCUCCAAGCUUUAAUUCGGAAUCCUGUUUCAAGACAAGAGUUCUUAAUCUUAAAAAAAUCAAAAAAGUUAAUCCAAUUUCUCUCCUUAUACCCGUUUCUUAUUCUAAUUCUAGUAAGGCGAAACUCGCGCCAAAAAUCAAUGGUAAUCGCUAUUCCCACAGAGAGUUAUAAGUCAAAUUCUUUAAGCGAAAAGAAAACAUAAACCAAGCUUCAACAAAAAAAAAAUCAAGAAGAAAUGCUUGACAACUGAAAUCAGUGAGAACUCUACUCGUACCAUUUAAGGCCAAGAUAAUGUGACACAUGUAAACUUUGAAUAAACGUGAAUCGAUCUGUAUUCCGCUGCCCCACGGUUCUAUCUGGGGUUCUUUUUUCAA